UUUACCUGUUAAUCUAAUUCACCGCCUUGGAGCGUGAUUUCUGUAAAGAGCAAGCUUAUAAGACAUCAUCAUUCCAAAACGUGCAUAGCCAAAAAAUAAAAUGUCUUUUGUGGUGAAAAUGAACGGAGUGCAGAACAACGGUAUUCACGGCAAUGGCAUGAACGGAAGCAUCAUGAAUGGGAAUGGCGUGCAUCAUGUGAGUGUGCGGACCCAUGUGAGCGUGAACCCCGCCAAACUGAAGGCUGGCAGCCACAGGCAAAGAUGGAACGUCAGACCUUCAGAGAUGUCCAAAAAAACACUCAAUCCCAUCCGAGCCAUCGUGGACGGGAUGAAACUCACCCCCAACCCAGAGAAACCCAUGAUUGCGCUAUCCAUUGGUGACCCUACAGUGUUUGGGAACUUGCCAACAGACGACGCUGUUUUGCAUGCAAUGAAAGAUGCAAUAGAUUCCCACAAAUACAAUGGAUAUGCUCCCUCUGUUGGUUAUCAAAAGAGCAGAGAAGCUGUGGCAAACUUCUACAGCUGUCCAGAAGCUCCGCUGGAAGGGAAGGAUGUGAUCUUGGCCAGUGGUUGUAGUCAGGCAAUAGAGCUGGCCAUCAGCGUGUUGUGUAACCCAGGAGACAAUAUCCUAGUUCCACGUCCAGGAUUUUCCCUCUAUAAGACACUGGCAGUGUCUAUGGGCAUCCAAGUGAAGCACUACAAUCUGCUGCCUGAGAAGUCCUGGGAGAUUGAUCUUCAGCAUCUGGAGAGUCUGAUCGAUAACAAAACUGCCUGUCUGAUUGUCAACAACCCAUCUAAUCCAUGCGGCUCUGUGUUUACCAAAGAACACCAACAGAAGAUCAUUUCUGUGGCAUCAAGAAACUGCAUCCCUAUACUUGCUGAUGAGAUCUAUGGAGACAUGGUGUUUCCUGGUUGUGAUUUUCGGGCUUUGGCACCUCUCAGCAGUGACGUGCCCAUCCUAUCCUGUGGCGGUCUGGCCAAGCGCUGGUUGGUGCCUGGCUGGAGGAUGGGCUGGAUCCUCAUCCAUGAUCGCAACAACAUAUUUGGAUCCGGAAUUCGAGAGGGUCUUGUGAAACUAAGCCAGCGGAUUUUGGGACCCUGUACUGUGGUUCAGGGGGCAUUAGAGAGCAUUUUGAAUGAGACGCCACCAGAGUUCUACCAAAGCACCAUCAGCUUCCUUAAGUCAAACUCAGAGAUAUGUUUCUCAGAGUUGUCAACCGUUUCCGGCCUGAAUCCAGUGAUGCCGUCAGGAGCCAUGUACAUUAUGGUGGGGAUCGAGAUGGAGCAUUUCCCAGAAUUCCAGAAUGAUGUGGAGUUCACUGAACGGCUGGUCACUGAGCAAUCUGUGUUCUGUUUACCCGCUACGGCAUUUGAAUACCCAAACUACUUCCGAAUUGUAGUGACAGUCCCGGAGGAGAUGAUGAUCGAGGCAUGUAUUCGCAUCAGAGAAUUUUGCGCACGUCACUAUCGACCUAGGAGCCAAGACAGUCACGAACUGGACCAGUGAGAAGAUAAAAAGAGACAGAAAAGGGAAGAAUAAAAGAUGAAAGUCUGAUGAAAGCGAUGCAUGAAGCUGCAGAAAGACGGAAAGUUGUGCAUUACAUGGGACAACGACACAUUUUCCCUUUCAGGAAACUCACAGUUCUAUGCAAAUAUCAUAUUUAUAUUUUUAUAUGAGUUAGUAUUAUAUUGAUAUUGUAUGAGUACUUGUAGUCUUCUUUUUCUUACACUGUAUUGGGCAUUGUGGAAAGUUUGGAAACAUUGGCUUUGUCCAAAAAAGGCCAAUUUGUGUAUAACCUGCAUGAUGUGAAGUAUUUAUCUACAUGUAAUCCUGUUUUCGGAAUAGUCCAUUUUGUAGUAUGUUUAAUUAGCAUCUGUUUAAUUUGCAUGCUCAACAAAAAGAGACAAAAUGACAUGUAUAGCACCUAUAUGCUAUCUAAUGCUCCUUAAAUUUUUAUUUUGAGUUGUUACAUCCCACCCCCCAACCCGAAAAAGCUAUUUAAAUAAAAGUGUAUCAAGAUUU